AAUUAAGAUAGGCCUGGAGAGUGCACUACCACUUCGUAUAUGUCGGAUGAUUUUAAAACAGGGUACCAUCCAAGCAAAACAAUGAAGCUCUGACGCGUAAACCUUUUUUAUUUUAAGGAACUGUAAACGCGAGCGUCAAGGAAUGGAACUGUUCUCUGCCCUACACUAGCCUAUGCGAUCGCUUUCCUGAUGUCGGUAGAGAUCCCUUCAGUUGCGCAUUACCGUGGAAAAGGGGGUAGCGCGCGUGAUCGGCAGGAUUUCGAAAGCGCGAGCCCGGCGCUCAGCUGUAGCAGUUCAGUUCUGUCACACGGCUGCGAAAGAAAUGUUGGGUACAGACGACCACGGAGAAAUUCAGAAACGAAUCGGGACAGGGAUGAAGCGGCCAUUCAGCCCCUCCCCUUUGCUGGAGAAUGGACAGUCCCUGGAGACUGAGCCCCGUGGCAACAGCUCAGAGGGCCAAUCGGGUGUCCCAGAGCACAGGCCCAAGAGGGAGAAGAAGCAUAAGACAUACACGUUGUGCGAGGUGUGUAAUAUCCAGCUGAACUCUGCGGCCCAGGCACAAAUCCACUACAACGGCAAGUCCCAUCAGAAGAGGCUCAAGCAGAUCAGCAAUGGCAAACCCAGUAGCAGCACAGGUUCCCCUGCCCAGAGCAGCCCCCUCCUUGCCUCCCUACCUGUCCCAGGACGUCCCCUACAACCGCAACUGGACCUAAAGCACUUCUUGCCUUUCCGUCUCAAUGGCUCGUCCCCCCUCAGCCUCUUCCCCAACUUCAACACGAUGGACCCAGUCCAGAAGGCGGUGAUCAACCACACCUUUGGCGUUCCCCAGCCCCUCAAGAAGAAGCAGAUCAUCUCCUGCAAUAUCUGCCACCUUCGCUUCAACUCCACAAACCAGGCGGAGGCCCACUACAAGGGCCACAAGCACGCCCGCAAACUGAAGGCCAUGGAGGCGCAGAAGAACAAGCAGCGGUGUCAGGGCGCGGCGGGCGCGGCGGGGAGGGACAGGGAGCGGGAGCGAGAGCGGGAGAGAGAGAAGGCGGCGGUGACGGAGGCCCUGCCCGCUCUGAUGGACAGCAGUCUGAUGGAGGGAACGAGCCUGCACUCAGAGCCAGAGGGGAAGGUGAAGGUGGAGGAGUCCCCAGGGAGCUCGGUCAUGUUGACCCCUGUGUCUGAGACUUCGACCUUGGAGCUGGCGGCCCUGUCAUCCCCUCAGGUGUCCCCGGCUUCGGAGGUUUCAGAGAGCACGUCAGAGACCAGCGCUGCGGAGAACCCCGGCCCGCCCUCCGAGCCCGGCAGCCAGGAGCCCGCCAAGAGUGAGGGGGAGCCUCGCGCAGAGGGCGACAAGGACCCCAAAAAGAGCAAGCAGCACCUCCACUGUCCCGUGUGCAAAGUCACUGUCAACUCCACGUCCCAGCUGGAAGCCCACAACAGCGGGUCCAAACAUAAGCUGAUGCUGGAAGGCCAGAGUGUGCAGCCGCGGCGACGGAGCAAGGUGGUGUCCUCCCGCGCCGCCUCCAAGACCAAGCGCCUCGGGAGCAAGGGCAGCAUGCCCGUCGCCAGCAAGGCCUUCCACUGCGAGGUGUGCGAGAUCUACGUCAACUCCGAGACGCAGCUCAAGCAGCACAUGAACAGUCGGAGACACAAGGACCGGCUGGCUGGCAAACCCCCCAAGCCCAAAUUCAGCCCAUACAACAAGAGCCAACAGAACUCUGUCUUAGCGAGCGUGAGAUGGAGUGGGUAUGCUGGCGGGGCUGUCUCCGCCAUGAAGAAAGUGUUCAACCACAGCAACCUCACCGCUCUUUCCCCUCAGACCAAACUGGCCCUUCAGAAGCAGCUGACCAAGAGCCUGGCAGCGAGUUUCCUACCCGGCCCGCUGAACCACGCCACCCUUUGCACCAUGGCCGCCAACCCCCUGGCCCUCCGCCACCCAGCGGGUACCGCCACACUCAUCCAGACACCUUUACUGAGCCCCGCUCUCUUCAGGGCCGCCCCGGGGCCCCUGAGGGCCACGCACACGCCCAUUAUCUUCUCCCCUUACUAGGCUCCACGACUGUGACCUCUCCCACACAGAGCCAAGCGGAACUAUGCAGUCAGGGAGCAAACGCGCCUAGUCGAUCCCACGGGCAUCAGCCAUUAAAAACAAGAUUUGGAGAAGAGACAGCAGAACGCGAAGUCUCGCAACUGUUCUUUCUGCUGUUUCUUUCCUGAAGACAGCCGGACGGACCCGCCGCGCUUUUGUAAACGGACAUAACAGAAGUCGCGGAAAGGCAUUAGGUCAAGUUUAUUUGUUUGUGUUAUUUAUUAGACAAUGAUAGUGAGGUAAGCCUAUAUCUGUGUGUGACGUGACUGCCACCAACAAGAUCCCUUUACUUGAUGCUUCUUAGAUAUUUUUUACCUGGUAGAGCAGGCGCUUUCUGUCUCCUGGCCACCCAGUGCUGACUGAGCCCACUCGGCAGCAGAGCCAGUGGGCCGGAGGUGGGUCAGGUGACAUUGAUGGCUGUGCCUCCACCCCUGCAUCUAAAGGGGGUGGGAACAGCGACUCGGAUCUGUAGGGGCUACACGAGGCUUCCACUCUACAGGACCUGCUCUGAACCCGUCAGGCAGCCCACACAGGCAAAUGCUUGCGGCAAACCUGUCCAUGCAAUGCAUUGUGGGGGUUUUACCCUCGAAGGGGUGAGCUUACUUCUCAUCAGCACAUUUCUGUGAGAACAAACCUGGAGGAAUCCAGUCUUAGACAAUCUGCCUCUUUGACUUUGGCGAGAGUAAGGUGUAAAUUUCAGGGGCUUGGGGGAGGUGGAUGGGGUGAUGUCCAUCCCGUAGCCAUAGCCUGAUGCGCACUCAGCACGUCUGACAGUGGGAGCCUCAGGCUGAUUAGGAACAUGGGUUAUUCCACAGCAAAUAACCUCCUGAUUGCAACGCCCCAAAAACACGCUAUAGAGCCUUGGGUUACUGAGUCAGUAGACCCAGUUCUUUUUCAUAUCUUAUUAGAGAGGAGUGAGUCAUAGUACCAAAUGGCAUGUACAUAAUAAACUCUGAGUAAUAUUUUAAAUGAAAUAAUCAUAAACCGCUCAUGAGAGUCUUAAAAAAGGUCAUAAUACCCAGCUGCUAUAACUCCUAGUUUAAACUUUUUUAUAUACUUCAUGCAUUUUGGUUUUAUUGUGCCAUAUCAAGCAAUAUUAAAGUUAAUGUGUCACUUGCUGGACUUGAUACUGUAAGCAACUAACAAAACAUGUUGACAAUACAUAUCCUCACAGAUAAUCUGUCUCAUUACAUUCUAACCAAAUAUUGUACAUUUCAAGCCCCCCAAAACAUUUUCUUGAUGGUAGCAUGUGAGGUGUAUCCUUCACGCAGGCAAAUGCUUGAGAUGAGCAGAAGCAGCAGCCAAUAGGAUUUUGAAAUGGCAUAAAGGGAUAAAAUGGAUUGAUCUAUUGGGUUUGAGGCGCAUCACUUAGUCUUUUUCUGCUGUGCAUUGGAGGGGAGCGGCUAGCAGCCAUUUUCAAUGUCUCCUCUUUGUUCUGCCAUCUGCGGGAGAUUGUCAGGGCUGUUUAUGGGCAGGGAGACAAAGCAUGAAGCGGGCGGCGUAACCGCAAGCCGUCGGCACGCCUUUCCUGAGCUCCCGCCACCAGAAUCUUCGGUGAGCUAACGCAGCAUGGAGCACCGCAUUGCUUUUAGCACGUACUGUAAUGAUGCUAACGGCUUAAUGAGGAACUGCUACACACAUCACAGGAGGAGUUCAUCAUCUGCAGCUUUCUAAAUCUGCCCUAAUGUGUAACGCACAGGGAACACUUUAUGUUCAAUAAAUAUGCUCCUGUUAAGUUUGGAAGCAUCUGAAUGACAUUAGAUUUAAUUUUUUAACAAGAAGCAUCAAUUCAUAAGGAAUCCAAUUUGAAUAAUACCAGCAGUUGCUUUUAGAACUUCCCCUUCUACUUUUAGAACUCCCCCCCCCCCCCUUUACAGUAGGGGAGUAACACUAACACCAGGGUUGUCACACACAGCAACUUGAAUCUUAAAUCCUGCAUUAUAUUCUCAAAGCAAUAAAUUUAAGUGGUGUAACUUUGGUUGGGGCUUUUCAGGAGAACAGAAAUCAGAAACAAGGUUCUUGGGUUGAAUAGCCAAUGGUGGGUGAGGUGUGGAUAGCCCAUGUUUCUGAGGCCCUCAGGGAACCGUGACGGCGCUGCUUACAUCAUCGGGGCCAAAGGCAGGAAGAAGGGGAGAAAAGGAGACCUAUGCACACCAUCACUCCCUCUUUUUCUUCUGCACCGGAAAACCUGGUUUGAAAGACAACAAAUAUUUAGAAUCAUAUAUGGUUAGUGCCUGCUGGUGGGCCAUAGAGAACCAUACCUUCACCACAGAGGAAAGACUACUUUAAACUGGAUUGAUUCAUAAUUGGUCGCAGUUAUUUGGAAUUAUCUUUUCAUACAAUGUAACCUUGUUGUUUAUGCCAUACAUUUUGUCAGGACAUGUUUGUUAUUGUCUUAUAGUCGAUCUAAUCCUCUCGUAAAGGUGUGUCAGUUGGGCCAAGUGGUCUCCAGUGCUACUGCAGUCAGAAAAGGCUGUAAAUUACUGUAGGGCCAACAGAAAGUAACAUCACACACUUUACACGGCAGUGCUAAUGCUCCUGCUCUGUUUGUCAUUUAAAUCGACCAAAAUGGCAAAACCCUGAGCAUCAUUCCCUCUCUCUCUCUCCCUCUCUGCCACCUGUCUUGUUCGGUCUCAUUUGUGGAAAUACAGCAGCGCCAUCUACAGUUCACAUCCUGACUUCCUGCCGAUUCAAAUGAAACUGCUCUGCUGUCCUUGUUUUUGUCAACAGCAGGUCUUUGGGAAUACAAAGCCAGUUUUCAUGCCAUAGAAAUCCAGUUAUCUUAAGUCCCUGAUCAUUGAACCAGCCUGUUGUUUUGUUGUUACAUUUUUAAAGGGAAGUCUCCAAAAUUGUUGAUUUUUAUCAAAACUGUAAAAAAAUGCAUAUAUAUUAAAUAGAUAGAUAUAAUAGAGUAAAUAGAGAGAUUUUAUCAAUUAUUAUCAUUAUCAUUAUUGUUAUUAUCGAACUGAAAUUUAUCUGAGGGAAUUGUAGAUUCCAUUGAUGUAUAUACAGUCCAAAUGUGCUUAAGAAAGGUGGGAAAAGAGUACUGUGCUUUUUCUCAUGUUUUUUCUUCUGUUUUAUUCCUUUUUAAAACUCAAAAGUAACAAAUGCUGACUAUAUUUGGGUGUUUUUUUUAUUUCUAUAAAAUAAUUAGAAUAAAUGUGUUCAAAAAACAAAAGAGAGUCAUGGAAAACGACAUAUAAAGGGCCUUUCUGAGACUUGCAUCAUUGUAGGCAAGGCAGCCUACAGUUACAGAUUAGUCUUUGGCCUUCUCAGGUCUCCAGAUCUCAAUGAAAUGUACAGCUCAGUUUUUUGGUGUUAACUCCAUCCUGCCCAGCUGGCAGUAUUGAUUCUGGUUUCAAUAAGUCUCUCAUCCUCUCACAGCAACUUGAAGUCAUUUUGUCAUUUUGCUUGGCUUGAUUCUUUUUGAUGAUCAGCAUCUAUCAGUUGGAGGUCAGAUUGUUCCACACAACAAACGUCUGCCAUAGUUCUCUGCAACAGAUAACAUAAAAUAUUUAGAUGUCUUGUGUGGAAGAAACUGUUUUUUCAGGUGUACUUUUUUCUCUUUUGUAAAUGAGUUUUUCUUUGAAAUUUCUCCCAUUCACUGUCACCUUACUUUGUCAAUCAUCUGUAAUACACUGUGGUCGUCUCUUGAGGGUGGUGAGUUGAAACUAAAGGAGGAAUAUCAUUGCAGACCCUCCACGGGUUUAUUUUAGCACUCUGAGAAGAAAGGGGACAAGUGAAAAGAAAGCUUCAAAUGUCUUGUGUUAGGUAUAGCAGGUACUGUAUGUUUUCCAAAGAAAGGAACUGCAGUGGAAGUUUUGACAUUGCAACAUAGAUUCUUUUUUUUCAGACAAAUAAUGCAUCUGACACAUCAUUUUCGUUUGUCCCAUUGAAUUGUGUGGGAAGUACUUUGGAAUGGUUUGAGUACACUGCUAAGAGUAAGUAACCUUUGAGGACAAUAUUAUGAGGACAUGAUUAUUGAGCAAUAACAGUGUGAUUUAAUGGCCACUGCUAAAAAAAAAGGCAUUAAAAUUGGGGCAGCAGAUCUUUGCUGAACUUGAAAACUUCCUCUGUGAGCAAUAUGAAAAUGAAGUAUGGAAUUGGCCUAUUAUAAAUCUUCAUCCAUGUUAUCUGUGAGACUGGUGUUAAUUGACGAUUUUAGCGUGGAAAAGCUCGAGGCAAUCAGAUGGCUACAUUGUCUCUAGACCCUUUUGGCAAAGAGAUGGGAGGAUAAGGGGAAGAGGCAUGAAUCGGAAGAAACCAAGGUGGCUGAGGGCUGAAUGUGGCUAGGCUCCGAUGUGCUGGAGAUUUUCAAACAGGCCCUCUUUCCUUUAGCCCACAGCUCCACCCCUCCUCUCACCAUGGUUUAUCACUUCACACACCUUUAUUACACUUGUUCCAACACUCGUUCUCUCUGGGUGCAGAGAAGAAAGCAUUACCUCCUCAAAAAUAUUUAGACUUCUGCACUGACAGGAAAGAUGAUGUGCUCUUUGUCGGUGAUGUCAAAACAGGAGUGUGGAGGAAUAAUCUUCACUCAAAAGGCCACGAUGACACUCAAAGGAAUGAAAGGAGAGCAGCCUUCAUACCUGCAAUGGGGUGCAAUUUUGUUAUCGAUUCUGUAGGCAUGGAUUUGCCUCAACAGCUCAAAAUAUCAGUGAGAACUGCGUUGACAUCCCUGUACAAUGCACACCUAGCCAAUUCCGUACAGUGCACAAUACAUCCAACGCAUUUUGAUUGAUAAGCUUGCAAUCUUCUGAAGAAUGAUUUCUUUGAAUACUGCUUCAAAUGCCAGAUUCCUAAUAAUAGAGAAUUAUAAAUGAGAAUUAUUUUUUUUUGCUUAGCUAAUGUAUGAUAUAUCAAACAAUGAUUCAGAUGUUGAUUUUGAGUCGUUCAGUCAUGUGAUUAAGUAUUUAAUUUGUAUUACACCCAAGAAGUAUAAUCUACGGUAGAAUAUGAGCACAAAUGAACAUUAAUACUGAAUUUCAUCUCUGAUGUGGCAGAGAACAGCUUUGUCCUGAACACGAGGUAUGAUGUUUUGACUAGAAUAGGCCCGCUUUUUCAGCUGAGUCUUAACAGACUUGCAUUUAGCAGAUUGCACAGACCACAUUUUUUACAUACAGUCCAUUUACACAGCUGGACAUUGUACUGAAGUAAGUCAGAUUACGUGUACUUGCUUAAGCGUACGACAGCAGUGCCCCAGCUGGGUUCCCCCAGUCUUUGAGUUUCAAACCCAUUUCCCUAGCCAUUAUACUACACUGUUUUAUUCUUGCUCUUCUGCACAAAGGGGUGCCUGAAGUAUUUGGCUCUGUCUUUUCAGACCCAUUUCGUCACAAUAGCGUAAUGGCAAUGCGAAGUGAUUUAGGUACAGUCUUCCAAGCUGAAGAGGUCACACAUUUUGCUUCCUCCAGUUCUGAGGACUAGAUGGGACAAGAUGCUGUUGUGUACACUACUUCGUGUUACUUGCAUAUUGUUCUGUUGUAUAGCUUUAUGUGUAAUACUGUGGUGUUUCCAGCAGACUAUGUGUUCUUAAUCCUUGCCGGAAAGCCAUGCCAGCUCCUUUAGUCUCUUUUACUUUGUACAUAAAUGCUGUGAAGCCAGUGGAGCUUGUGCCAAAAAGUCUAGUAAUAAUGCAAUCAUGGCAAUAACUGUCACUGAUAUUUGUUAAUCAGCAAUCUUUGCAGCAAGUGCUUACUCGCAACAAUGCGUUUGUUUUGUUGUUUUUGGUUUGCCCAUUUAUUUUUGUCACAUUCUGUCAAAUUAUCAAUGCUUAUUCGAAAGUGCAACUUGAGAUGUGCACCUCGAGUUUUUACGCGUCAGAAGCACAAAUGGCCUCAAAGCGCUGAAGAGCUGCUUCAGAGAUGUAAUGAGAGGCCAUGGAAACAGUUAAGGAGCAUGUUGCUAGGCCACUGUUUAAAGCACCAUACAUGAAUUCACGUGACUGGGCCUCAGAAAUGACAUUAUGGCUGUGCGUGAUCUUCUCCCAUGCAUUAAAAGCAGCAGCCUGAGUUGAAGGCUUAAUGAUACCGAUGUUACGCAAUAUUAGGACAUCUGCAUUGGAAUAAUUUAAGCACAAGUAGAUUGGAAGGAGAAUUGAAGUGUAAAUUGGGUAGGCAUCCUCCGUCUGUGGGUCUUAUGUGUAAUAUGACGUCUUUCUUUUGUGCGUUUGAAGGUGAGAUUUGUCUGCUUUGACAAUGCAACCCCCAGACUUCAGCAUGACAGGAAUUUCAGAGCGUGCUGGUAGGUCAUGUAAAAGCACAAUUGGUCUGAGCUGUCCCCCAUCUCAACUGACCAGGUUGUUAAAACUGGCAGAAUGAAUUAUCAUCCUGACCUUUCACCGUUGCCUCCUCUGGUACAAAUCACUGUGAGUAUCACCUGACUGAAAGGAUGUUGGUCAUAGGUCAUUGUUUGUGCAUCCAAUUGUAUAUAUCAAUAUUUCAAGUCAUGUGAUCAGUUGUGUUUGAUCUGAAGAAAAAAUGUAAAUUAAGAAACAUUAAAGGAAAAAAGACAAAAUUAUACCGGGACUUGGCCAGUAUUUUAUUGUAUUCCCUUUGUAACGUUCAUUGUACAAUUUAUCCUACUCUCUAAUGUAUCAUAAUAACUGUAAGGUGAAAGAAAAGAACUUGUAUUUUGAUAAGAGAUUGCUCAUUGCUUUUAUUGUUAUUGCUGUAUAGAGAAGAGCAAGAGGGAAAAAUGGGUGGAGGGCGUAAUAAAUCAAUUAGAGCUUCCACUUUA